GAACGUUGGGCUAACAUAAGGGGUUUCAUUAUGCCUGUCGCAUCAUUGUAAUACCAACACUUUUGAUGCUCAAUAACCUCCAAAAGAGACACCGAUCGCUAAUUUGAUGAAGAUUAUGCUUGACGGGAAAGACCGGUGGUGAGAAAGAGUACGUGUUGGAUUUUGUCUCUGACUGAGUCCGAACUGUUUGGGGAUACGUGGCCGCUUUUGAGGUCUGAUCACCUGAACCAAAGACAACAUAAGUACAGCCAUGGACAGUAUCCUGAACGUCUCGUCCACGAAACUCGCAGCGGGCGCCGCUGCGGUGGCGGCGGGGGCGUACUACCUGGCCUCCCGCCCGUCUCCGAUCGAACCGCCGUGUCCAAUUGAUCACCAGUCUGUGGAGGUUAAGGGUCAGGACGGAGCUCGCAUUUCUACCAGGUGCAAGGAUGGGAAACUGCUCGAAUACAUUUACGAUGACGUCACCACCACUUACGAAGGGUUUCAGAGGGGUAUCAGGUUAACAGGGGGUACAGGACGUUGUCUUGGCUGGCGAGCAGCACCCAAUGAGCCUUACCAGUGGAUGACAUACCAACAGGUACACGACAGGGCCCUCCGGUUCGGGUCGGGUCUGUUGGAGAAGGGCCUAUCUGCCGGACAGGACACCUUUGUCGCCAUCUUCUCCCAGAAUCGUCCAGAGUGGGUGAUUGCUGAGCAGGCAUGCAGUGCGUUCUCCAUGGUUGUUGUUCCAUUGUAUGACACGCUGGGAUCACAGGCCAUCAAGUUUGUCAUCGAACAGGGAAAUCUCCAUACUAUUGUAUGUGACGUGGAGAAGAAGGUAGCCUCCAUCCUCGACAUAACCCAGGAGGUGUCUGUGGUCAAGAGAAUCGUGGUCAUGGAAAAGAUCAGUGAUGACCUGAAGAAACGAGCCACCUCAUUGGGCGUUGAAGUGAUGACGUUUGAUGACGUGGAGGAGGCUGGAAGGAGAAACACACACAAAGCUGUUCCACCUCGUCCAGAAGACCUGCUGACGAUUUGCUACACCAGCGGAACUACGGGACUUCCUAAAGGCGUGAUGCUGACUCACAGGAACAUCGUCACAAACAUCAGUGCUGUGCUGAAACAUGUGGAGGGCUACCUGUGUCUGGGGCCUGAUGACAUGCACGUGUCCUACUUGCCUCUUCCUCACCAGUUCGAGAGGUCGCUACAUGUGAUGUUCUUCAUGACCGGUGUUCAGAUCGGAUUCUUCGGUGGUGACGUCAAGAAACUGCUGGAUGACUUCCGGGAACUCCGGCCCACCAUCUUCCCGUCGGUCCCUCGUCUGCUCAACAGGAUAUAUGACAAAGUAAACGCAGGAGUUCAGGGUAGCGCCAUCAAGUCCAAGCUGUUGGAGAUAGCCUUGAGAAGCAAAUCUGCGGAAGUCAAAAGGGGUAUUGUCAGACGUGACAGCAUUUGGGAUACGCUGAUCUUUGGCAAAGUCCAAAAUCUUCUGGGAGGUCGUGUGAGGGCUAUCAUCACAGGAUCGGCUCCUCUGUCGGAGGCAGCCAUGACUUUCCUAAGGGCGGCCAUUGGUUGUACGGUGUAUGAAGGAUACGGACAAACAGAGGCGAAUGCAGGAGUUUCCUUCACUAUACCUGGUGACCACAGCACCGGUCACGUGGGCUCACCACUGACCUGUAAUCUCAUCAAGCUUGUUGACAUUCCCGAGAUGGACUACUACACCAAGAACAACCAGGGGGAGGUGUGCGCUAAAGGACCAAACAUCAUGAAGGGGUAUUACAAGGCCCCCGAGAAAACAGCAGAUGCGCUUGAUGAGGACGGCUGGUUGCAUACAGGAGACGUGGGGCAGUGGCUACCGAACGGCGUUCUCAAGAUCAUUGACCGAAAGAAGCACAUUUUCAAGCUUGCCCAGGGAGAGUACAUUGCUCCAGAGAAGGUGGAGAGUAUCUACACAGGCAGCCCGCUGGUGGCGCAGGCGUUUGUUCAUGGAGAGAGUCUGAAGGCGUCGUGUGUUGGUAUUUUCGUCCCCGACCCUGAGGUGUUGCCAAGUUGGGCCAAGAACAACCUGAACAUGGAGGGCACGAUGCACGAGCUGUGCAAGAGCAAGGCUGUAAGGAAUGCCAUUCUAGAAGAGGUAACCAGCCUAGGGCAACAACGUGGUCUGCAUUCCUUUGAACAGGUGAAGGACAUCCACCUCCAUCCGGAACUCUUCAGCCUGGAGAACGGUCUGCUCACUCCGACAUUCAAGUCUAAACGUACCGCUCUUAGGUCCACUUUCCAACCACAGAUUCAAGACAUGUACAAAAACCUGGUCUGAAUAAUCCGAUCUGAUGAUCUCUAUAUAUUUACGUUGUCCAUUCGGGGUAACGUCAAACGAAACAAACGUCUACAAUAAUUUUCCAAUUUCCUUCAAGUCAAUACGUACCGCUCUCAGGUCUGCAUUCCAACCACAGAUUCGAGACAUGUACAAAAACCUACGAUCAGCGAAAUAAAAAUGCACGUCGUGUCCAUUAGCAAAUGCAAGAGCUUAAAACACAAGAACGUGUACAGUAAUGAUCCCGUUUAUAUCCUUUACGUCUAAACGUACGGUUCUCAGGUGUACAUACAUUCCAGCCACAGGUCCACGAAAAGUACAAAAACAUAGUCUGAACAACAAUACAAAUGCACGUUAUCGUGCCCAUUAGGAAGAGCUUAAAACACAAGAACGUGUACAGUAAUUGUUCUAUUUUAAAGUGAGCAUUCUAUAUACAUGAAAAACAAUUUGUUCAGCUACGUAUUUAUACUAUUGGCAACAUUGGUUAUACUAGACUACGAGGAAAUCAUUGUUAUAAACUGAAAAUGUAUUUUUUUUUGUAGCACUACUUUUCAAAUGAUAAACUUCAGUCUUUAGGCACAUCACCACAAACGUUGAACGUAACUACGAAAACGUGCACAUAAAGUGUUCUCGUUAUCCGAGAAAUCAAUAGAAUUUCAAUUUUACAAAUUUAGGCUAAUGCAAUGCAACACAGUACUGGGUUAUAUGGAAUGGUGUAUUGUACUCCGCAUUCUAACACAUGGUGCCUGAACUGCCUUGUAAAAAGAUACAUUAUUGUUAUAAGUUUUUUAUCAAGGUGUUGAUGUAAACGCUGGUGAAAAAUAUACUCAAUUGGAGACAUACAUAGUAAUUAAGAUGGUGCAAAUGUGGUUCAUCCUAACAUGUAUGCAUAUGUGUUGCAAUAUUACUGUAAGAAUAAAGGUGUGGGUCAGAUGUA